UGCUGUACCUUUCCACGGAUUGUAAGGAAUGAUUCCCUCUUUCUUAAAAUCAUGUCACAUGAUCACAUUUGUUUACUGUUUCAAGGGAUGGCUCAUGCUCAACUGACCCCCUUCUCUUCUCCCUAAUGCAACACACAUAGGGAAUUUCCAAGGGGGCAGGGACAUCCCAUCAGCACAACACCUUGCCUUUUCAUUGCAAUUAACAGUUUGUAUCAGAGUGUCGCGGACUUGGACUGAAACAAGUCAUGUUUCUAAGAAAUGCGAGAAAGGAAGUAAAACAAUCUCAGCUGGUUGUACCAAGGGAAACGGUACAAACUCGAAGUCGAACGAGGACAACUGCCCUAAAGAAAAUAAUAAAGAAACUAGAGGAUGAUAUGGGAACAGGUAAGAGCAGACCAAAAGAGGACGAGAUUGUUCCAACGCCCUGCACAGUGAAAAACAAGUUACAGAGGCCCGUUGAACAGACUAAACUUCAAAAAACGAUACCACUGGAUGCUGAUUUCAAAACGUGUCCCACCUGUUCCUCAGUCCUGCACAUCAUCCAGGGAACAGACUGGCAGGCCAGUCCAGUGGCUCAGUGUACCAACUGCCCCACCAAGUCCUACCUCUGUGCUACCUGCCUCUCUCCCUGGCAAGGUCAUCCUGGGGUGCUGGGCCACUGUGCCAACAAGAGGUGUGCAGUGGUGGGAACCCUCCUCACCUGUGGGCUGAUCACCAACACAAACAGCCGAGUAAAGGGCUGUCCAGAGUUCCGUGCUUGUCCCAAAUGCUACUGUCUACUCAUGCACAGCCAUGGCUGCAAAUAUGUCACCUGCUUUUGCAGCCAUACAUUUUGCUACAUCUGCUUGAGUGACAGUAAUGAGUGCAGGAAGGACAAAGACUUGUAUUGGUCACUUACCUGCUCUAAGCCAACAGCUGGACGACAGUGGUUCACAGGGCCGUAUUGAGCCGUUCUGUGGCCCUGGGCUAUAUCUUAAGAGGGGGCCCUACCGUACCGUUUUGCGCUCAUGCCAUUUAUUAACUUAUUAAACUCACAACAGCAAGUAUGUUGACACUGAUUUGCACUUGGCGUACUGUAGGUGUUUGUAGGCAAACUGGUUGAACUAGACUGUGUGUGUUGGUGUGGUGUGUUGGUGUAGUUGCUCAGGUGCAUCAACAGGAGCAGACAGUGGAAUAGGGUGCGUUGAAUUCGGCUUGAUCCAAGGAUUUCAACAACAUUCAAUAUCGGGCAUACGGGUCAAAAACGCAGCUUUGUGAUUGCAGCGACUCUUAGGUUAAAGUUUAGUCAGUAGCGGACCAGAUUGGUGACCUGUGAACAUUAAGUUUAGUUUUUUGAUGCAUCCUCUCAAUGGAACCCCAAGUCCAUGUACCAAGUUUGGUUUUGAUAAUUGAAAGUUUUGCUAAGAUGAUAUAGACUGGGUGGUGGUAGUGUAGUGGUUAAGGAGCUGGGCUAGUGUGCAGUAGCCUGACAGUUGUGGGUUCAAUUCCUGGCUUCCAUU